CCCAACCCGAAAGCUUGCAGAAUGAUUAGGUUGAGAGACUCUCGUUACAGCAAAAGUUACGAUCAUGGCCGAUUGUAAUGGUACUGCUCUGCCGAGAAUUUAGUUCACGAAUCGGCAUUUUAACCGGAUCUCACCAGACUGAACUGUCAGGACAUCGAGCUUGCUUAGAUCAACCAUUGCAUCCGCAAAGUUUGAGCUGAACUUUUGCCAGUUGGUGUUCAUGUAAACCUGCUCCUGCGUGUGCGAGUCCGCCACCAUGCUCAUGUCGGAGGUGAGCAAACCGAUUUUGUGGAUGAGAUUUUUGUAAUACUGGGUGUCAAAUCUGCGUGGGGUGAUUACCUCCAGGUUGACCCACUUCGUCAGGUUUGCCGAAGGGCAUUUCUUCUUCAAGAUGGAUGCAAAAAGAGGUGGUAGAGAUGGAUCGACCUUUGAUUGAUCACCACUGAAAUUGUGGAUUCGGACGUCGAAGGCAAACCAGGAGGCUCUGCCGAUGGUAUGAGCACCUACAAAACGAAAUCUGAAUUGUCAUGAAUUGAUUUAAACUCUUGAUAGGAAUGAUUUUGGUAUACGGUGUUGCAACUGCAGAUCAUUGAUGUUUAUAUGUGCGAGGAAAGAUCACUAGACUCGAUACCUGUUAGAGUGACCAUUUGAGCAGCGUUGAAUCCUUUCUUCUGGAAAGCCUGCAGUAGAUCUGAUACUUUCUUAUCUGGGGCUAGUAUGUUUUUUGGGACCUCAGUAGAAUUCGACACCAAUCCGUCUCUGCGCCCAGCUAGGACCCGCCAAUCGCAGCCUCCUGUCUACACAAACGAUUCAAGCUCCAUCAAGUCUUGUACAUUGUGAAAUUCAAUGAUGUUAACGGAUACACUGUUAUCUUAGAUGGACUACUCUUGACAACUUAGAGUGUAUCAUACCAGUAUGACAACGUCGCGAACAGCGAACUGCAAGACAUCUGCGCAUGAUACAACUCCAGGACAGGCUUUCUCCACUUCUUCCUUCGCAGCAUCUAUUGCUUCGAAGCCAUGCAUGGGAGCGUUGAUGGGAUGCGAUUUCUCUGAAUCGGGACCCUCCAGGAGCAAUGAUGCGUCGCAACCCUGAUCCGAAGACACGGCAUGGGCACAACGCCCGCUCAACAAUCAGUGAUCAACCUGACCUGGUUGGGUAAUCAUGAAAAAUUGCAUAAAUUACAUCUAUAUCGUCGAGGAGACACUUACACGAACGAAACAGUCAUGAUAUGCCAUCCGAAGGACACCAGGCGCAAUCGUGCUGUUCUUCAGAGGGGACUCCACUGCAUAGUAGAUCGGCAUUCGGAAAGGCUACCCCGUUUCUGCGAGCCUCUUGAGUCCGUCAAUGAGGUCCAAGCCGACCAUAACUGUGAAGAAGAAUCUGAGGAGUUUGACAUUUGGUCAAAAGUAAUCUUCAUCAAUCAGGGUUCCUGAAUUUAUAGAUUCAAUGGAUCCAAUGUUUGCACACAAUGCCUCCAGCAUGGUUGCCAGUAAUUCAAGGACGUUCACACCUGGUUUGUGUUCUGACAAGGAACUUUGAUGCUUCAUUUGUUUUUGGCUCUCAGCCCGUUGUGAACGUUCUGUGGUUGUGUUCUUACAACGCUCCGUGACUUGCUUUGCAACAUAUUUCAAUACUGUUUUCACUUUGAUGUCCGUCUCGUUUGGUGGACAUGAGAUUUUCAUGGAAAGUGCCGUAGCUAAAUUUUGACGCAAGCUGGGAACUGUGUAGUGGACAGUACUCCAACUGGGACCACCUUCAAUCACCUAUGAUUGAUUGCACACAUGACUUUCAAUCGAACCCACCAACACAGAACAGCUUAGACGAGAAGUUUCCUUUCUAGAACCUUACGACAACCGCAAGCGGCGCAUCGAGUGCGUAGCAGAGUCAGUGAAGGGCAAUAUGCUUCUAUACUCCAAUCUUUUGCUGCAGUUCAAGUGUACACUAUAGAAGAAAAUUAGAGGAAUAGACGUGUAUUCUUUGCUGAUGCAGCCAAAAUCUCUAUUUGACAUUCGAACUUUCACACAAUCAAAGCUGCCCACCACAGACAAGAUACACGGCGGUGUUGAGUUUUGCUUACUUCUAUUAAAGAAAAUUAUUCCAACAA